AUGGUUAUCACGCACCGCAUAUUUAUUAUCGUUAUUCUCAUUCAUUGUAUUGUUUCUCAAGCAAACAGCGUGUCACCAGUUCCUGGUAGAAAAGUAACAACGGCCUAUGGUGUGAAAGGUAAGUAUUGGGUACUUGGUUACCAUACAGGUGCUGAUUAUGCAUGUCCUAUUGGAACGAAAGUAGUAGCAACCGGAGAUGGAGUUGUUAAAAAUUUAAAUUGGGGUACAGGCUUAGGAACACACAUCAUAAUUGAAUCCAAAGAUCCGAAUGGUAAAUCUGUUCGACAUUUAUACGCGCAUUUAAGUAAAAAAUUGGUGAAAACCGGUGAUAAAGUUAAAGUUGGACAAGAAAUUGGCAAAAGUGGAAACACAGGACAAGUUACUGGUCCACAUCUUCAUUAUGCAGAACGAGUAUCACCAUUUGCUUAUGCUAAUCAUCGAAAACCACAAUAUAGUUCGUAA